AUGUGUACUGGAACGCGAUACAAUGUCUCUACAUCCAACCUUUGUCGAAUACAUAGAGGGCGCUAUUCAAUAUCUUUUAGCCGAAACGGAUAAGGACAACACAAGCAUUCGUGAAGUGAAAGCGCACUUUUGCAAUUUCAUACGAAAAAUGAUAAAGAAUUUUUCACUGGAUUCUUGUGGCACACUGCUGACCACCGGCUUAAAACGCAGUCUUUUCAAUCUCUUUGCUAUUUGGUGUGGUUCAUUUGCCAAGCCGCUGGGUGUCACCUCGCAGAUUGGACAAACGCCCGAGGAGGAGAAGCUACAGUUUAGUGCUCUUCAGGCACUAUCCGCUCUGAUCUGCUGCGGUCACAUAUUCUAUGCACCAUUUCUAUCCGAUUAUGGUAUUUUAUAUGUGUGGCUGGACAUGCUGUUGACAUCCAAAGAUGAGAAGAUCUAUCUAUUAGCGCGUGAUACAGUUGUUUUGCUACUCGAAUCGAAUCCCGACAGUAGUGUGUUGCUCGAAUGGGUAAUCGAUCGUUGCUACACGUCAACAGCGCGCGUCGCCGAUGCUUGCUUCCUCGCUUUGGCUGCUAUUUUUAGUGCAAGAGAAUAUCCUUUGUGAUCACACACCUCCGGUUAUAACG